UAUCAGGGAGGGGGUAAUAGCCCAGAUGCCAGCAGGCUGGUGAGAACCUGCCUUUGGCGCAUAUAUACAACUACGAUGGGCACAUUGUGGGCGCUGCUGUGCCUCCUGUCUUUGCCAGUGGUUCAAGGAUUGCAGUGUACGAUCACCCAGGAGUCCUGCGUUAAUGGCGGAGUCUGUGUGCCCUUGCAGAAUGGAUCUCAGAUAUGCAGAUGUCUGGCUGGUUUUUCUGGAGAUCGCUGCCAAAUCGCUGAUCCCUGCUCGUCUGGGCCUUGCCGGAAUGGAGGAACAUGCAAUCGCUUCUUCACCGAGUAUCAGUGUCAGUGUGUUACAGGAUGGACAGGGAAAAAUUGUGAGCAUACAGACUUUUGUGUAACCAACCGCUGCAUGAAUAAUGGCAAGUGUAUUAACAAAGUUCCAGGCUUUGAGUGCCAAUGCCCACUGGGUUUUGAGGGUUUGGCUUGUGAGAAGGACUUAGAUGAAUGCCAAGCAGCAGGCACCUGUAAGAAUGGCGGAACCUGUGUAAACCUGAUGGGGUCCUUCCAGUGCCUAUGCCCAGACAAUUACUAUGGCCUGCGAUGUGAGAUGCGGAGAGGGGAAUGUGUGAUAGACAGCUGUCUUAAUGGAGGAAAGUGCCAGCAAAGAGAACCUAAUUUAUACCAGUGUGUGUGCCCCACAGGAUAUACAGGAUCUCGUUGUGAGGAGAACACUGAUGACUGUUUGAAAAACAAGUGCAUGAACGGAGCAUCCUGUAAAGAUGGGAUGGGAACUUACACAUGUCAGUGUACACCAGGAUGGACAGGCAUGUAUUGCUCACGAGACAUCGAUGAAUGUCAGUCUUCGGGUAUUUGCAAAAAUGGCGGCACAUGUUACAACACGCCUGGAUCCUAUAACUGCGUGUGCGUCAACGGGUGGAUGGGAGACAACUGUGACCAUAACAUAGAUGACUGCUUAACGGCUACUUGCGCAAACGGCUCCACUUGUAUUGAUUCUGUGGGAGCAUUUCACUGCCUGUGCCCACCUGGAAGAACUGGUCUGCUGUGCCACCUUCAAGAUGGCUGCCAUACUGACUCGUGUCACCCAGCUGCCACAUGUGACACUGAUCACACAUCUGGGGCAGCUGUAUGUCGAUGCCAACCAGGAUAUACAGGACCCACUUGUUACCAGGAUCUAGACGAGUGUGAACUGGGACCAUCUCCCUGUGAGCAUGGUGGGAAGUGUGUGAAUACUGAAGGUUCUUUUCUGUGCCAGUGUCCAAUAGGAUAUACUGGUACUCGCUGUGAAACAAACUAUAAUGAGUGCCAGUCCAGUCCUUGUAAAAACAAAGCAACCUGCCUGGAUCUGCUUGGACAUUUCAAGUGCUUAUGCUUGCCAGGAUAUGAAGGAAAAUUAUGUGAGCUUGAAGUUGAUGAAUGUGUAAGUUCUCCGUGCCAGAAUGGAGGUUUCUGUACAGAUCUCUUAAAUGAUGUCUACUGCUCGUGUCCUAUAGGAUUUUUGGGAUCUCGGUGUGAGACUGAUUUAGAUGAGUGCAGCAGUUCUCCGUGUCAGAAUGGAGGAGAGUGCAAUGAUCAGGCAGCGGGUUACAACUGCACCUGCCAUCAGGGUUUUGAAGGUUCUGAAUGUGAGACUGAUAUAGAUGAGUGUACUAGCGCUCCCUGUCAUUUUGGUCAAUGUAAGAAUAGUCCUGGAUCCUUCAUGUGCCUUUGUGACCCGGGCUAUACAGGUGGCACCUGUGAGCAGGACAUUGAUGAUUGCCAGAGCCAACCAUGUCAAAAUAAUGGUGUUUGCCAAGACCUACCCAAUGGUUACCUAUGCCUGUGCCAGCCAGGAACUACUGGUAUCACUUGUGAUAUACAUGUGGAUGAGUGUGAAAGUGACCCAUGCAUAAAGGGAACCUGCAGAGAUAUGGAGAAUGCUUUUCAAUGUAAUUGUAACCCAGGAUACACAGGCAUUCUCUGUGAAGAGGAUAUUGAUGAAUGUCAUUCCAACCCUUGCCAAAAUGGUGGGAUUUGUGUAGACAUUGAGAAUGGAUUCAGCUGUAACUGCCCUGCGGGGACUGUUCUGCCCCUCUGUACCUUGCAGGACAAUAACUGCACCAAUACACCAUGUGUCCAUGGCCACUGUGAGACAGAAGAUGGCAGAUCUUCAUGCCUGUGUAACAUUGGCUGGACUGGAUCAGCAUGUGACAUUUACAUCCAUGAGUGUACAACAGGGCCUUGUAAGAAUGGAGGAACAUGUCAGCCUUACCAGGAUGUAUAUACCUGCAUAUGCCCUAUUGGAUAUACUGGACACCUCUGUGACAUUAUGGUAACCAACUGUUCUUCCAACCCAUGCUUAAAUGGGGGUGUAUGCUCUCCUCUGCCAUCUGGGUACACAUGUUCCUGUACCCCACUUUACACAGGGUCACAAUGUGAAGUGGAGCUCUCAGUUUGUCACUCAGACCCCUGCAGACACGGAGGAACUUGCCACCAAGAUACCAACAUUUCAUAUUUAUCAUGCAACUGCACUGCUGGAUGGAAAGGAGUCUUCUGUGAGUUUGAUGUUAAUGAGUGUGAGGACGAGCCCUGUAAGAAUGGGGGAAUUUGCAUUAAUACCCCAGGAAGUUACUCCUGCACCUGCCCUAAGGGUUUCCAAGGAAAACACUGUGACACUCUUGUAGAUCACUGCUUGUCUGGUCCAUGCCAACAAGAAGGCUCAUGUGUGAACGUAAAUCACUCAUUCAUAUGCCUGUGCCAACCCGGGUAUGAAGGGACUGUGUGUGAUAAAGAUAUAGAUGAGUGUGCCAGUUCACCGUGUCUGAAUGGAGGGCUCUGCAAAGAUGGGAGCAACUCAUACACCUGCACUUGUGAGCGAGGCUUCGAGGGAAGUGAGUGUGAGAUCAACACUCAAGACUGUACAAACAGUUCAUGUUCAAAUGGCGGCACCUGCAUUGAUGGCAUUGCCAGUUUUACCUGCUUGUGCCCAGACAGAUUCAUAGGACUCCAAUGUCAGCAAGAACUGAGCCGUUGCCUCUCUCAGCCUUGUAAAAAUGGCGGCACAUGCAAAGAUAUUCAAAAUGGCUACCAUUGCUCCUGCAUCUAUGGUUACAUUGGCACCAACUGUGAGGAACUUGUCGAUUUGUGCUCGCUUACUCCAUGUCUAAAUGGGGGGUCUUGCUUCCAAACUGGGACAAGUUAUCAGUGCCAUUGUGCAUUAGGAUGGACAGGAAGUCACUGUGAGACAGAACUACUGACCUGCAAGGCUACAGCUGCCCGAAAAGGAGUAGACCUGGGGACUAUGUGCAGUGGUCAUGGGACCUGUGUAGAUUCUGGCAAAUCUCAUAUCUGUCAAUGUUUUUUUGGCUAUUCCGGACCUCUGUGUCAAGACAAAAUUGACCGUUGCAAACCUAACCCCUGCCACAAUGGUGCCCACUGCCAAGAAGUUGACGGAUCAUUCACCUGCCAGUGCCUCCCUGGAUAUAUUGGGAAGACCUGUGCAGAUAAGGACCCCUGUCACUCAAAGCCUUGUCUCCAUAAUGGGAUUUGUGUAGCUGAACCAGGAGGAUACCGUUGUGUUUGCCCAUCAGGAACAGAAGGCACCAACUGUGAGAUUAAUUUUGAUGAUUGCUCCCCUGUGACCUCUGAACCUCGGUGCUUCCAUGGUGGCACCUGCAAGGAUGGAGUUGGUGGCUUCUCUUGCCUGUGUCCCCAAGGGUUUGUAGGGGAAAGAUGUGAAGGGGAUGUGAACGAAUGUCUCUCCAAUCCGUGUCACUCACAGGGAACACAGAGCUGUGUGCAGCUUGACAAUGCUUAUCUGUGCCAAUGUCACCAGCAUUACACAGGUCAGAAAUGUGAGAGAUUAAUUAAUUUCUGUGAAGGUAACCCAUGUUUUAAUGGAGGAACCUGCGCUGUAACUGUCAAUACUCCUCUUGGUUUCACGUGUAGCUGCCCUCAGGGUUUUUCAGGAGCCACCUGCAGUGACCCUAUUCUACCAUGUAGCUCCUCCUAUUGCCACAAUGGUGGUAUGUGCACCGCAGGAAGAGGAGGUCUCCCUCUCUGUAUAUGCCCCAAGGGUUACUCCGGACCUCAGUGCGAGGUCAUUGCUGGGGCCCCGUCACACAAAUCUACACCUCAUCCCCCACUACACGUAGGACCCUGGGAACAAUGCCCUGAGAUGGAUUGCAGGAAAACAUUUAAAGAUGGAGUCUGCAACACGCAGUGCAACAACCAAAAAUGCCUUUAUGAUGGAUUUGACUGUAAUGUCACUCGUUCCUGCAAUCCUCUCUAUGAUAAGUACUGCCUUGAUCACUUUGCCAAUGGUCACUGUGAGAAGGGAUGUGCCACUGCUGAAUGUGCCUGGGAUGGGGGAGACUGCUCUAGAGAAUCCAUUAAUAAUCUAGGAGGAACCUUGAUCCUAGUGCUUGGAUACACCCCUAAGGUUCUUCACCGUCAAGAGAUAGUUCAUAUCCUGCGUAAUCUGUCCAUCUCCCUACGAACCGGGAUAAGAUUGCUUAGAGACGGCCAAGGAGACAAGGUAUUUAGGUACCGGAAAAAAGAUUCCUCAGAAAAGUUGUCAUCAGAGAAACUGCAGAGAUGGGAGUAUGGUACCAUUAACCCUAGCAGUGAGAGACCUCAGGAAGAAGGCACAGAAGAUGACAACAAAACUAUUGGCUGUGUCCUUUUCCUGGAGGUGUUUGGGGCAGAAUGUGAGCAUCUUCACGCUUGUCUUAACACUUCGGAGGGGGCUGCUCGGUUCCUUACAGCUCUGAAUGAGCGACCGGAGGCAGAUCUGCCGUUCACUCUGCUGGAAGUAUACCACAAGGAAGACACAGGCCGCCAUAUAAACCUCCAGCAGUUACGUUGGCCUUUGGUAGGGGCGUCCAUUCUUGUAGGAGUGGCUCUCAUUUUGGUUGGUGUGCAGCUGAGCAGAAAACGUCAGCAUGGAGUCCUGUGGUUGCCCUCUGGGUUUAGCCGGCAUAGGACAGCUGAAGGUGGUCGGAGGAGGGAACCUGUGGGUGAAGAUUCUGUGCGUCUCAAACCCCUGAAGCAUGACUCAGUGUAUGAUGAAGACUCCUCCCCCGAGGAAGGUAUUGUGCAGCCGAAAUCAAGAAAGAUCAAGAUUUCAGAAGACACCUCCAUUCUGGAUCACCGUCAGUGGAGCCAGAAGCAUAUUGAUGCAGGGGUGCGUUUCCCACAGUGCAUUGCUCUGACCCCUCCACAGGAGGAACCUAACUCCAGAGACAUAGAUGUGAGAGGCCCAGAUGGAGUGACUCCACUUAUGUCUGCCAUUUGUGCCGGAGGAGGUCUAGAGCCUUCUGGUGGUGUCACGGAUCCAUCAGAGAUAGAGAGUUCAGCAGUUAUUAUCUCAGACCUUAUUGGUCAAGGGGCCAGUCUCAAUGCCCAGACAGAUUCUACUGGAGAAACAGCUCUACACCUUGCUGCUCGAUUUUCAAGACAAGAUGCAAUAAAGUGCAUGCUGGAUGCCGGAGCAGAUACCAAUCUCCAUGAUAAACUUGGAAGAACCCCCUUACACACAGCUAUAGCUGCUGAUGCCUUAGGGGUGUUCCAGACUCUCUUACGAUGCCGACAAACAGAUAUUGAUGCUCGUAUGUUUGAUGGCUCAACACCGCUUAUCUUGGCUUCCCGUCUCCCAGUCCAAAACAUGGUGGAAGAGUUGGUGUCAUGUGGUGCAGAUAUUGGAGCCACUGAUAACAGAGGGAAAUCUGCACUGCACUGGGCUGCGGCUGUGAAUAAUGUGCAAGCAGUGAGGACCCUCCUAUGUAACGGGGCAAACAAGGACCUUCAAGACAAGAGGGAUCAGACAGCUCUCUUUCUGGCUGCCAGAGAAGGCAGCUUUGAGGCCGCCCGCAUCCUCCUUGAACACCAGGCAGAUCGUGACCUCUCUGAUCAUACAGGGCAUCAACCACGACAUGUGGCCCGGGAACGUGGCCACAGGGAUAUCCAACAGCUCCUGGAAGAACGUGUUCCCUCUUGCCCCAAGGGUUCAUCUGUAGCACCUGCAGUUGGGGGACCUCAUGCAAAAAAGAGCCAGCGGACUAGAUCUAAAGAUGCCAUCAAACCUUCUCCUUUGCCUCAUAUAGACCUGAGUAGUUCUUGCUAUCCACAUGCCCCUCCUUUGUCAGCACCACCCUAUGUGCCAGUGCCCGCAUCUGAGGGCAGCUGCUGUCAGGUGCAUAAUCCUAUGAUGAGCUAUGGGGGAAGCUGCCCUCCCUACCCUCGUAGUGGCUCCUUCUCUUCAGGGGUGGCUGGAUGUCAGUGGGCCAACAGAGGCUGGAGGGUCCAUUUUUGCCCAUCUGGGUGUACAGUCCCAGAAGCACCUUACUCAGGCGCAAGUCAGCAGAUGUCACCUCAUGCUCACUGGCUACCUGAAUCUCAGCAGCCUCAGUCUCCAAAUAGCCAAAAAAUGUCCAGUUACUGUCCUACUCCAGCCUUGGAGCCCCCACCUACCAAAGAGCUACCACGCACACCAACAGAUCAAGCAGGACGCAGCAUAUAUUUGACACCUCCCCCUUCACAGUAUGGAUACCCUUCCCCAGCUAGCCCAGAAGAAACCAGUUUACCCCAGACAUGCAUGCACCAUCAUCCUUUCCUUACCCCAUCUCCGGAGUCUCGAAACCCCUGGGGCGUAGCCUCACCCAGCUCUGAUUGGCCAGUAGACACCAAAUAAAUUAAAAACAAGCAAAAAUGUAAACACCAUAUUUAUUGAUGAGUGGUGGUCAUGGUGCAUUUAGUAGCCUCCGGAGAUCAUAUGAAAACAUCUCCCAAGACUCAAUCCAGUAACAAGUCAUGGAACUUGUGCAACCAUAGAGGCUUAUGCAUAGUAUGAGUAGGCAUCUUGCAUUUACCUUUUACACCCUCUACACAUCACUGAUGGUUUCUUACACAAACUUAUAUGUUGCCUCCAUGAAAGGCACAUAGAAUCGAAUUUGACCGUAAUCAGCAUCAUUAAGCCAUUUAUACGUUAUAUGAUACUCUUGGGAUUAAUUAGUUAUACAUAAACCUGACCUAGCUCAGAUGGUUUUAUAUGUCAUCAAUGAACUGACAAAAAAAUUACAAAGUUAAUAUUGUAUCUCUAAUCAAAACACAAAACCUAAAUCAAAUUUAUUAUAUACUCCUCUUAAUUAUUAAGUUUAUAUGUAAUUUAUAAUAAUUCACAUGCAUAUGUCAUCAAUAUAUCAAUUUUUACCAGGUGCAUACAAAUCAAGAUCAAUGAAGAUUUUGUAAUGUGAGUUAUCCAUUGUUACUGUUCUCUGUAGGUUUACAUUUCAAUAUCUCUAAAAUUCAAAUAUAUAUUUUAAAUAUUUCUCCUUCAACUCUAAAUAUCCCAACAUGAUUUUUAAAAAUUACAUUUUAAUUGUUACCUGCAUUGAACCUCAUGUUGGUGACUAUAAUUUUGUAUAAUCUUACUUUAAGGGACAUUAAACACUAAAUAAAUGUAAGAUCAAAUGAUGUACAGGUAGCCCUCAGUUUACGCCGGGGUUAGGUUCCAGGACCUAUUAAAAUAAUCACACAACAGACUGCAUCAUCAUCAAACUAAGUUUAAUGAACAAAAACGUUUUUUUAACUUGCAUUUUUCUGCAAUCAGUUCUCUGCAUUGUUAGCAUGUUAGAUAAUAUUGGGUCUGCACCUAUUUUAUGCUUUUCAAUCUGCAGUGAUUAAUAGGCAGUUAGGCACCUUCACCUCAAGCAGCUGGACAGGAAGAUAAUAGGGAAGUGGCUGCUCGAUAGCUAAUGUCUGUUCUGUGUACACAGAUCAAUUUCAGACCUGUUAAGUUGCAUAACUUUGCUGCAAAACAAGCGGACAGCUCCACCUAUUGGCUAUUUUAAUUACUGCACAUGACUGAAAAAAAAGGUUGUUAUUCUGAAAUGGCGCAAAUUGAACCGGCGUAAACUGAGGGCCACCUGUAUUUAAAGCCAAGAUUAGCCAAAGGAGGACAUCCAUAUGUUUUUUAAAUUAUAUUAGUUAUUUAAAUAUUGAAAAACUAAGUGUAAAGUUAGUGUCCAUAAAGCAAAGGGUACUGCCAUGUUGUAACUUAAGUUUCCAUCUCUGCUACGGCCAAUUAGGGACAGUUAUAAAUGUGUCACUAAGCAACCAAUGACUGUGAAAUAUGGCAGUGUUAAGUCUGUACUUCCACUUUUAACGAGAAUUGGAAAGCCAACAAUUUUCAAAAAUAAAUAGCUGGAAAAGGGGACAAUAUAAAUAAUGAAAGUUUAUUGCAAAGAUUUUUUUAAUACACAUAAUUAAAUGUUUUAUAUUACAA